CAUGUAUGAAAUUCUCUUAGGCGAUUGCAAUGCUUCAUAUUCAUAUUGAGAUUCACUUUAUGUCUUUGCCCUAGACAGAAGUUGGUCCUUAGUCCAUUUUACUAGUUCAAUAAUAAAAUUGCAGAAAUGUCGGCGUGGAGACAAGCAGGAUUGAAUUAUAUAAAUUAUUCUCAAAUUGCUGCCAGACUUGUUAGGCAAGCUCUGAAAAGCGAUGUAAGAACAGAGGCUCAAAAACGUGAUGAAUCUAGUGUAAAAUUUACUCAAUGGAAGGAUGGAAAACCAAUCAAAAAACAGUAAAUCUCUGUAUCACAGCUGGGUAGGAAAAUUCAUCCAAUAUUUACAUUUAUAGAAAUAAUUUAUGUAUGAUGAUCCUAGUUCAUGUAUGAAAUAAAAUCAUCUUCCACUUUGUCAUGGCUAUCUAUAUCUUAAUUUAUGCUGUUAAUUUUUUAAGCGUCAUCUUACGACAGGGCAAUGUGCUUUGCAGUGUACUGAAAAGAAAAUAAAGAUAUAUUAUACAGUAAA